AUGGCAGAUAACUCUUUAAAAGCCAUCUUCAAUUCAGCGGAGCGCCAAAGACUUGCUGUCGAAUCAUCAUGGGAAACAAAUACAGAGAAAUACCAAGAAGAUGUUGCAAAUGCGCUCAGUGCAUAUCAAGAGUGUCGGCAGCUUGCAGAUAGACUUGCAUUAUUCAGUCCAAAUGAAACACUAGAGGAUAUUAAUUCUAGUGACAUUCAAUAUUUGGUCAUCCCUUAUAGGAUUGCAGAUUUAGGGCAACGACUUUCUACAACUGAUACAAGUGAUCGAAAAGUGAUUCUGCAGGAGGCAAAGAAAUUUUACGAAGCAUUUUUAACCCAAUUGGGACAUUAUGAGAUGCUAUCUAGUGCAGAAAAGAAGCUACAUGCUGAAUAUCAAGAAUCGCCAUCUACUUUCUCAACUAUUUCUACCACAGAUCCAACUGCAAGGAGAAAUGCGAAAAUUGCAAAUUUUAAAAUGGAGAAGGAUUUGAAGAAGAAGCUGGAUUUUUUGGCACAAAACCCAGCCUAUAUACAAAACGAUGAGGAUGCGGUACGCGAAUUAGAAAUAGCUAAACUUUCUUUAUGUUCGCACAAUUCCUUCCAAUCCCUAGAAUCUAUCAAUCGCGAACUCGAGAUCUUGGCCAUGGCACCCGUAGGGCCGCGAGUUCCCGAAGGUCCGCAGUUCGACAAUAGAGAAAGAAUAGGUGGCUUGCGUGGACCAGAUGCAGGAUACUCCGAUCGCUUGGAUAUGAGAGAUAUUACCACGAACAAUAAAGGACCAAUAUUGAGUACUGGGGGAAAACCGUUACGGCCAUUUACUCUGCUCGAAAGUAGGCAGGCAUUGCAAGAAGGUGUAUUCAGACCAGGGCAUAAUUUACCGACAAUGACGAUUGAUGAGUAUCUUGAUGAAGAGAGGGCAAGAGGUGGUAUCAUUGAAGGUGGUGGAGAAGCGAGUGGUAUUAUACCUGAGAUUGAUCCUGAUGAUUUUGAGAAAAUAGAUGAGGAGACCGAAAAGGCUAGGCGGUGGGAUGAAUUCACGGAGGAUAAUCCAAAAAAUGCUUCUUUGUUUUUGAACUUUAGGACUACGUUUCAGGGGUAUGAUAAUGGUAACCUUCCCCUUGGGAGUAGUAGUGGUUUUUACGACAAUACUGGCGAAAGUGGUAGGAGUAGUGGUAGGAGUAGUUGCGGGAGUGGAAGUGAUGGAGCUGGGAUUUCGAGAUUCGCGGCCUUUCGGAUUUGGAUACUCCGUGCAUUGGUGUCAUAG